AAUCGGAGGUGCGGGCGCGAGGUGGUGGGUGCACGGCUCACUGCGAGAGCUCUGAAUUGGACAUUUAACGUCACGAUGGCUUCAUUGAUUCAUUCUCACGGACAUCCUCGGAGGUUCUCCCUGCACUCCCGAGUGUCGUCGCCUGCCUCAGUAGUGUCGGGGAGCUUCCGCAGAUUUCUGAAUGUCGCGUCUGCUUCAUAAAGAGCCGCGCGCUGCUACGAGCCGCUCACUCUUUCACGCUUCGCUGGGCGCGUCUCUACGUCGACGGUACUUGGCACCGCCAUUGUAACGAUGGCAGCGUGCGUUAAGGUGCGUGGCUAGGCGGGAAGUAAUCCGAGGGCUCAACAAGGAGUGGAGUGGCAAGCGGAGGUGGCGUUUUCGGAUUUAAAGUCGCGGUUUGCGGGCACAAGUUCGGCGCAAUGGGUCGGGCAUCGGUGCGAAAGAUCGCUAGGGUUUAAUUGAUCAGUCCUCGGAUCGACAUGAUUUGAAAUCAGCGCUCCGACGAUCGGGAUUUGCAUCAUUCGGGUUCGAGUUAUCGGGAAAAAAAUGCUCGACUUUUAAACCAUCAGCAUUCGCAUCAUCAACACACAUCAUUCGUCGGAUUAUAACAUUCCCAUUCGAAUCGUCGACAUUUGUUUCACCGUCGUUCGAACAAUUGAUAUUCGACAGAUCGACUUGCAGAUCAUCACCAUUCACACUUAGCAACACUCGAAUAAUCAGAGUUACCAAUUCGGCAUCGUUCGAACCUCGACCACCACCAUCAACAGCAUCAUCGCCAUCAUCAUCAUCAUCACUCGGUUCGAAGAAAACCCACGACCACUCGGGCGCCGAGAGUUUGCGAGCAAAGAUGAACGCGACGCGCCUGUUCGGCGGAGACGCGAACGUGACGCGUCGCUACCUGACCCUGUACGACAUCGACGUGGCGGCGGACGGCUCGGCGGGGCUUCGCAUCGCCAUCUCCGCCGUCUACUCCCUCGUGUGCGGCGCUGGCCUCCUGGGAAACUUGAUCGUGGUGCUGCUGAUGCGCGCCAAGCAACGAUGGCGCAAGUCGGCCGUGAACACUCUGGUGCUGGGUCUGGCGCUCACCGACUUCCACUUCGUCCUGGUGCUGCCCUUCUGGGCGGCCGACGUGGCGCUGGACUACAGCUGGCCCUUCGGACGCCUCAUGUGCAAGCUCGUGUCGGCCACCACGCUCAUGAACAUGUACGCGAGCGUCUUCUUCCUCACGGCCAUCUGCGUCACGCGCUACCGCUACAUCGCGGCAGCCAUGCGCGCGCGGCCGAGGCCCACGUCGGCCGCGGCCCGGUGGGUGUGCGUCCUCAUCUGGCUGACGGCCGCGCUCGUCGCCGCCCCGCACGCCGUCUUCGCGAGCACUCGCGCCGUGUCCGGCGACGUCCUCUGCCUCGUUCGAUUCCCCGGCUCGGAGGACGCCGCCCAAUUCUGGCUCGGCCUCUACCAGCUGCAGAAGGUGCUGCUCGGCUUCGCGCUGCCACUGCUGGUCAUCAGUGUCUGCUACCUGCUGCUGCUGCGCUACCUGCGGCGCCACGGCGUGCCGGGCGAGCGCCGCAAGUGGCGCGUCACGCUCUCCAUCACCGUCGUGGUGCUCUCCUUCUUCCUCUGCUGGCUGCCCAACCACGCCGUGACGCUGUGGGGCGUGCUGGUCAAGCACAACGCCGUGCCCUUCGGCAGCGCCUUCUACACGGCGCACACCUACGUGUUCCCCGCCACCGUGUGCCUGGCGCACGCCAACAGUUGCCUGGACCCCGUGCUCUACUGCCUCAUGCGCGCCGAGUUCAGGAGGCGCCUGGCGCGCGCCCUGCACUGCUGCGCGAAGUGCGGCUCUCCCGUUGCCGCGUCGCGCCGCUGUCGCGUACGGCCCAUGGAGCCGCGCGACUCCCAGCAGCAGCUCCAGCAGCAGGCGAUAAUGCAGGAGCAGCAGCAGCUGCAGGAGCAGCAGCAGCUGCAAGUGCAGCAGCAGCUGCAGCAGAUGUGCGCCGCCGACCUGCUUCAGGCAGCGGACGGGGAUAUGAUAUCCGCGCAGGGGCAGGUGGCGCUGCCUAUGCAGGAACGCUGAGCCGACAUCUGUAGCAGCAGUAGCAAUCGCGUGGCCAAUAGUGGCGCCGCUUACGUCAGCGGCGGCACAGCCGGUGUUCGCAGAGUAAACAGCAGCAGCUGUCCACGUGCACUCCUGUAAGUAGUGAGUCACUUCCAGCACAGGAGUUCGUAACUCAGCAGUAGCAGCGGCACCAGGCCAUUUGUUCCAAUAGCAGCAGCAUCGUCAUAACCACCACCACUACAAGCAGCGGAAGCUGCUGCACUUCCAUUCAUACCGCCACUUUGAUCAAUCCUGUAACGCACUGUGGGGAGCAAGUGCUGUUAGCGAAUAUCAGCACGUGUGAGGCCCGGGAAGGGCACACGAGGGGGUGGGUGGGCAGCACCACGCCCGGUCGCCUUCAUCUCCCCAGUGGCGAUGUUUACACACCGCACCAGGUACUCAUUUGAGGUUGAGUCGACCUAACUAUACUUCGCAAUCAUCGCCAUCCCCCUAUUGCGAAAGUGAAAAAAAUAAUCAUGGGACUCAUUGUGGCUUCUCUGGAUAACUGAAAUUAGGAAUAAUAAUUCUUAACAAUAAUAAUUCGAAUUAAGAAUACCAGCAUCAGAAGCUGCACCCGUAGAAGCAAGAGUGGCAGUACGAACACCAGCAGCAGUAGUAUCAGCAGAAGCUAAAACUAAACAAUGUUUAUUUGUGAUUUAAAGCUUUCGUGACUGCAGGGAUUCAUAUUC